GGGGCGCCGAGGAGAAGGAGGACGUGGAGGAGCGCAGGGUGGACGCGGGAAGAGGGAGAGGGUCUGGGGAAAGGAAAGAAAACGAGGAAAGCGGAAGGAGGUGCAGCGGAGCGGAAGAGGGUGGCGGGACAGCGGAAAAGGAAGUCCCCUCCGCCGCCGCCUCCACGGCUGUGUGGCCGUAGGGUCUGGCCCUAACGCUACACUUGAAGUGUCAUCAGAAAUGGCAACAAGUCUUUUGAAGACACCAUCUCUCUCUGUGAGGACAAGAUUGCUACAUCCAACGGGAUUGUCAAUUUAUAAUACAUUGCAUGGCUUCAGUGAGGGAGAAGUAAAGAAAAAACUUCAACAGUUUUCUGGUGGAUCCAUUGACCUUCAGAAGGAAGACAAUGGCAUUGGCAUUCUUACUCUGAACAAUCCAAGUAAAAUGAAUGCCUUCUCAGGUGUUAUGAUGCUACAACUUCUGGAAAAAGUGAUUGAAUUAGAAAAUUGGGCAGAGGGGAAAGGCCUCAUUGUCCGAGGAGCAAAAAAUACUUUCUCUUCAGGAUCUGAUCUGAAUGCUGUGAAAGCAUUAGGAACUCCAGAGGAUGGAAUGGCCUUAUGUAUGUUCAUGCAAAACACCUUAACGAGAUUUAUGAGACUUCCUUUAAUAAGUGUUGCCCUGGUUCAGGGGCGAGCAUUGGGUGGAGGAGCAGAAUUUACUACAGCAUGUGAUUUCAGGUUAAUGACUCCAGAGAGUGAGAUCAGAUUUGUCCACAAGGAGAUGGGUAUAAUACCAAGCUGGGGUGGCACUUCCCGGCUGGUAGAAAUAAUCGGAAGUAGACAAACUCUCAAAGUGUUAAGUGGGUCCCUCAAACUGGACUCACAAAAAGCUUUAAACAUAGGAAUGGUCGAAGAGGUCUUGCAGUCUUCAGAUGAAACUAAAUCUCUAGAAGAGGCAAAAGAGUGGCUAAAGCAGUUCAUCAAAGGGCCACCGGAAGUAAUCCGAGCUUUGAAAAAAUGUGUUUCUUCAGGCAAAGAGCUAUGUUUAGAGGAGGCAUUACAGAACGAGAGAGAUCUUUUGGGAACGGUUUGGGGUGGACCCGCAAAUCUAGAGGCUGUAGCCAGGAAAGGAAAAUUUAAUAAAUAAUGUUUUUAAAAAUACUAAUGUACAAGUAAAGCUCCAAUGAUUAAUAUGUAUAAAAGUUAAAUGAUAUUAAAUAUGCACAUCAGAAUGACUUUGAAGGCUACUACUAGUAUUCAAAUUUGUUUUUAAUAGUUUUUUGAAUAUCUGAACUCAUUGACCUAGUUUUUUACCAAAUAAUCAUUUGGGUAUCCACCAAGUAAUCUAGAACAUUUGGCUAAAAUAUACAACGCUUUUGGCUUAAAAAUUAUUGCUAUCAAUUUCUACAUUCCUGUAGUAGUUCUUAGCUUAUAACCAAAGAUCAGUGUUUAAAAGGAAAAGCUUCUACACAAAACCUAUUCCUUGGGUUAUUUUUCAUAAGAUUUUUGUUCUGUCUUACCUGGAAAUAAUUUACAAAAAUAACUGCCUGAACCUUGGAGUUGAAGAACAAAAGUGGAGAGGGAUCAGGGGACAAGAAAAUAAAAGUUAUGAUCAAUCAUUUUCUUCUGUUCCAAGCUGCUGGAAUAAAAGUCAUGGGAAAUAGCCCUUCAUUUAAAAAAAAAUAUACCCUAUUAACGCUCUACAAAUUUGGAGGCUAAUUUGAUGUUUUCUAUUAGUUUUCUAUUUUAAAUAACCUACUAGUGAAAGCCAUAAUAGGGAAAGUCAACUGACUCUACAAAUUUGCCAUUCGUGUGACCUGGGAUUUCCAAACUAGUAAUAAAUACUACUGCCAUUGUGGUUUUAAAAUUUGAAACUACUCAAAGGGACUCAUGAAGUAUCCUGCAACAUAAAUUUGCAUUUUACAUCAGAUUUCUAUCUUUUUCCUGAAAAACAGCUAACCAUUCUCCUUUUAUAACGAGGUAUCUUUUAAAAGUUAAUUUAAUAA